CCAAAAAGUAGCCGAGUAUAUGCGCGUUGCAUUAGCGUAUCGCGACAAUGGAAUCAUCAUCGAUACCGACUACAUCGACGGAUCAUUGCGCGACUCGGAUAAGUAAAAGGAGUCCCGAGGUUGACGUUGGCUGUGUGAGUUGAAACGCGUGUCACCUCCCACGCAUCGUCAGCGGUCUUAAGUACUACCUAUCCAGUGAAAUAACACUUUGAUCCGAAAGCCAGCUGUGGCCAAGUCAGCCAACCGAGUCGGCAGCUGUGCCAGAAAGAGUGUACUUAUAUUUUAUCGUCGGCAGGAUGGGAGCACCUCCAACUCGAGCGGCAAAGUUCGGCGUGUAGGUGAGCGGGUCGGCUCUCGAUUAACCGACAGCGCAUGAAAGUUGUUACUGAUAAGUAGCUGGUGAGGGGAACAAGUCGACGACGAUGCUGUGGAUAUUCCAGGUCUUCCUGCUCGCGGGCAUUGGGUUCCAGAGGCUCCAGUGCGCUACUGUGGUGCCUUUCAGGAAAGCCAAGCAACUCCACAGCGCAAGCACCUUGACCAGAGAUCAAGUAAAGAAACUAGUCGGCUUGACCGAUGUCAGGCACAUGAAUUCGGUCCUGGACAAUAUCUGCAUCCCCAGAACCGUGGGAAGUAAGAACCACGAAAACGUCAAGAAGUAUAUAAAAAAUAGCCUGACCCAACUUGGCUGGACCGUCGAAUCCGACAGAUUCAAAGACAAAACGCCGGUCGGGGUGCACGAGUUCGAAAACAUCAUCGCCACGCUGAAUCCCAAAGCCGAAAGAUAUUUGACCCUGGCGUGUCACCACGACUCCAAAAUCAUGAAUUUUGAAUUUGUUGGCGCGACUGACAGCGCCGUACCUUGCAUGCAACUCAUCAACUUGGCCAAGGUCAUGGACGGGUACUUGCAGUCGAUGAAAAACAAUAGAAAAUUGAGUCUGAUGCUGUUGUUCCUCGACGGCGAGGAGGCGUUUGUCACGUGGAAUGAUACCGACUCUAUUUACGGAGCUCGACACUUGGCAUCCAAGUGGCACAAUAGGCCUUUCUUCCACAAAAACGAGGACAAUCUGACGGAACUGGAUAAAAUCGAUUUGUUCGUCCUUUUGGAUCUCAUUGGCGCGCCGAAUCCAAAAUUUUACAACUAUUUCACCACAACUUCCAAAUGGUACAAGCUACUGGCCAAGAUAGAGAAAGAUUUAGGUAGGAUGCAUCUACUUGAAAAACACACCACGCAGUAUUUCGAUGAGUUUGCAUUUCAAGCUGAAAUACAAGACGAUCAUCUUCCGUUUUUGAUAAGAGAUGUUCCGAUUUUGCACUUGAUACCAACGCCAUUUCCGCGCUUUUGGCACAAAUCUGGUGAUAACAGGAAUGCAAUAAGCCUGUCUACCGUAGAAAAUUUGAAUAAAAUUUUAAGAGUAUUUGUUGCUAAAUACUUGGGUAAUCCUGGACAAGAAGAAAAACCACAAUCAGCGGAACGGUUGGAGCUGUAACACGUGCACGGUCUCCAUGUUUGAAUGAAUGCAAGUAAAAUUUUAAACUACUGUUGGAAAACAUUUUUUUUAUUUACUUUUUAUUAUUUCAUACUUUUACCAAGCAUCUGAAUGAAUGAGUGCAAAUGCGUACAACGCUUGUAUGUUGGACCCUCGAUUCCUUUUGUUAACUAUUAGAUAGCAUUUUGUAAGCCAUGAAGAAAUCACUGAAUGUAUGAACAACUCGAAAUUGGACUCCACUUCUUCGGAAAUUUCUUUACAUUCUCGAUGCUGAAUAUAUUUCGGGAUGUACACUUACCAUAGCUUCAUUCACCAACAGCAAACUUUGAAUUUAGCUAUUUAUAAUACAAUGACAAAAAAAGUAACUGUAACUAUGUACAAACUAACGUUAAAACAACAGCUACACCAGGAAUCGCAGAGUGCAAUACGGUCUGUUUAAAUCAGGGUUUUAGUUUUUUUCAAACUUAAUUUUCAAUAAUUUAUACAACCCAUCUGAUGAAGUAUAUGAUUUUCGCGGUUCACGAAUCAAGCCACGGCGAGUGUACUUAUAACUUUCUAUUGAUACUCCAAAAGUUUGCAAGUCAACGAUUUCAAUAAGGAAUCUAUUAAUUUUUUAAACAUACUUUUUGAUUGUAUCACACGAGACCUUACUUUUUAAAAUUUGGGUCCUAUUUUUACCUGUUAAUUAUUUUGAGUAUCGAUAGAAGACUAUCUAUGCAUGUAUACAAUCAUUAAAAUGGGUGUUUGUGGCUACUAGAGAAAAUUUCUUCAUUCUUUC